CAUUACAGGUGCAGGAACUUGUUCCUGCUUUGGCAGCAAUGCAGGAACGGGGCGUUUCUUCCUGCUUACAGCUCCGAUCCAAACAGAUGAGCAAAGAAAGCUCAGGUGAGUUGUGGAUUGGCUUCAAUUUGCCUUGCAGAGAGGAGGUGUAACCUUGGUGACGCGGAGCUUUCAUUAUCAGGUUGAGGAUGGCGCAUGGAGAGUGAAGAACCCGGACUCCUGUUGGAAGAACUCUUGACCCCCUUUACCCUAAGAAACUUAAGGACGCAAAACAAGAGAGUGUUCUAUUCUUGCACAGGAUGAAGACGCAACUCGUGCUCCCUCUGGUGUUGCUGACGUCUCUUCUUAUGUUGGGAUUACUAAAGAUCCGCAAAAGGGACCACGAGAAGGAAGAGAAGCGGAACCGGUUCCAGGACAUCAAGCUCCGGGUGACCAGCGAUGUCCUCCAGGAGUACAAGAAGGAGAAGAUCGAGAGACAGACAGAGCUGGAAAAGGCUGAGGGCGAGCUGAAGGCCAUGGAGGAGGAAGUGAAGGCUGUACAGACCAAAGCAGAGAAGGCGGCUGGAGAUUUAACCGGCUGCGACGGUUCCCAGAAAUCUGGUGCAGAUGAGCAGGCAGCAAAGGAAACAAACUUGGGCAACCUCAAAGCCCAAAUGGAGAAAGAGAAGACAGAGUGGAACGCAGAACUAGAUCGACUGAAAAAGCAGCUGGCAGAAAAAAGUCCAGUGUGUAACUUCUUGAAAGAGUACCCAGACCAAAUAAAGACUAUGUGCGACAUUAAAGAAGAGCCAAAGGCAGAGCCUCCCAAACAAGAGGAGAAAAAAGAACAACCCCCGAAACAAGAAGAGAAAAAGGCAGAGCCUCCCAAACAAGAGGAGAAAAAAGAAGAACCCCCAAAACAAGAAGAGAAAAAGGCAGAGCCUCCCAAACAAGAAGAGAAAAAGGCAGAGCCUCCCAAACAAGAGGAGAAAAAAGAAGAACCCCCAAAACAAGAAGAGAAAAAGGCAGAGCCUCCCAAACAAGAAGAGAAAAAGGCAGAGCCUCCCAAACAAGAAGAGAAAAAGGCAGAGCCUCCCAAACAAGAAGAGAAAAAGGCAGAGCCUCCCAAACAAGAGGAGAAAAAAGAAGAGCCUCCCAAACAAGAGGAGAAAAAAGAAGAGCCUCCCAAACAAUAGGUGAACCCUGCCGUAUAAAUGGACAUAAAGACAGAUGCCUUGAAGUAAAAAAGUGCACAACAACCAUUUCUUCCUCUACAUGUCAAGCUCAGCAGAUUUGUUCAGAAGGACUGAACUAUUCCGGUUUUUAUUUUGGUUGGGAUACGAUGUUGCUGGUGACAUGAAGCACAUCCAGGAAAACGGGAUACAUGUGGAUUUGGUUUCCAGUCACUUGACAUUUCUGCAAACUGACCUUUGAUUUUCAAGCUGUAGCUUGAAAAUGGUCAGUGCAAUAGUCCGUAGACUUGAACAGUGGAUUAAAUCAGCCACAUCAACCUAAUUAAAAAUAGAUUCAUAGUGUUGUGUUCUCUCCCACCUAAAUCAUUAAGUCAAAAACAAAUCCUGUAAACUUAAAAAUGUGCUUUUGUUUUGAGAUAAAGACCAACUCUGCGACCAGUAACUCGAUAUACUAGGUCAUAAUUUGCCAUAUGUCUCGGUUUCCUACCAAGUGUCAUCUGAAUUGUGAUUGCCUCAAGACGUUAAAUGUUAGCUGUAGCAGAGGUAGGUCCUCAAUAAGACUUGAUUAGAAUUUUCAAGAUUCUGUUUUUGUAACUAAAUGAAAAGUUAAAGCAUGUCAUGGUGCAGGGUUUGUCUUGCACAGGUUUUGUUUUGUGAAAUUUAUUGGGCUUGUUGUAAAAUAAUUGUGAACAGUUUUAAUAUGAUAGUUUCUUUUAAAUAUGUAUUUUAAGCUCUGUGACGGACUGCCAACUUUUCCAGGGUGAAGAUACCAGCGGGUAAAAUAAACUUGGAUUGCACUGCCGAAAAGAAAUUAUUUAUUAGAGGGAUUGGGACUUCCAAGUUUAUUUAUUUCUAUCUGGAACAUGUUAGUAAAUGUUUGGAUUUGAAGUGCCCCGCUAGAUUAGUCACGCCAACUUAAACUUUUUUUCAUGUAACUUAAGGAUAUUUUGUUGGGAUUUUUUUUACAAGAUGUGUAAUACAAUGUAGUUAAAAAUUGUGAAGAUGGAGGGAAAUGAUGCACGGUUUUCAAGCUUUUUAUUUUUUUACAAAUAAAAAUGUGAAAUCCUAGUGCCUCUUUGUUUACACUGAUACCCCUAAAUAAAAUAAAAUACAACACAA